CUGAUCCAUCUGCCUCUUCUUGUCUGGACGCCAACUCUUGCACAAAUCUCACUGAAACACAAAACCAAUGGCUACUCGAAUCAUAUCUAUAACCUCAGCUCUCCUGAUCCUAUCUGUAUUACUACUUUCCUCGUCUACGGGAGUCGUCACAGGAACAGAGACGAAGCGGAACGAGUCGGAGGAGCGGCUGAUGUACGAGCGAUGGCUCGUGGAGAAUCGAAAGAACUAUAAUGGUCUUGGAGAGAAUGAGAGACGCUUCAAGAUCUUUAAAGACAACUUGAAGUUCAUCGACGAGCACAAUUCGGUUCAGAAUCGGACUUAUGAACUCGGGUUGACCCUGUUCGCAGAUCUAACAAAUGAUGAGUUUCGAGCUAUUUACUUGAGGAAGAAGAAGAUGGAGAGAACUAAAGAUUCAGUGAAAUCUGAGAGAUAUUUGUACAAAGAAGGAGAUGUUUUGCCUGAUGAAGUCGAUUGGAGAGACAAAGGCGCAGUUGUACCAGUCAAAGAUCAAGGAAACUGUGGAAGUUGUUGGGCGUUUUCUGCGGUUGGAGCGGUUGAAGGGAUAAACCAGAUCAAGACCGGAGAGUUGAUAUCUCUGUCGGAGCAAGAACUCGUUGACUGUGACAGAGGUUUUGUCAACGCUGGAUGUGAUGGAGGUAUCAUGAACUAUGCUUUUGAGUUCAUAAUGAAAAACGUAGGUAUUGAGUCAGAUCAAGAUUACCCUUACACCGCAAACGAUCUUGGCUUGUGCAACGCCGCUAAGAAUAACAAUAGCCGUGUUGUUGUAACCAUUGAUGGCUAUGAAGAUGUUCCAAGAGACGAUGAGAUGUCUUUGAAAAAGGCUGUUUCUCAUCAACCUGUUAGUGUUGCCAUUGAAGCUAGUAGCCAAGCUUUCCAGCUCUACAAAUCAGGUGUGCUUACAGGAACAUGUGGGAUAUCUUUGGACCAUGGUGUGGUAGUGGUUGGUUAUGGAUCCUCUAGUGGUGAAGAUUACUGGAUCAUUCGUAACUCAUGGGGAUCAAAUUGGGGAGAAAGCGGCUACGUGAAGCUCCAACGUAACAUCGAUGACUCAUUCGGGAAAUGUGGUGUAGCAAUGAUGGCUUCUUACCCGACCAAGUCAUCAUUCCCAUCGUCAUUUGAUUUGGUGUCUGAAAUUUGAAAUGAUAUUCCUGUCAACAAUAUUAAGAACUAGUUUGAGUAUAUUUCACUACAUAAUUCAAUGGGUCAAGUCAAAGUAUUUGAAAGUCUCACAACAUGCAUAUUAACAUUAAUGAAGAUUCAAAUC